AUGUCCGACGACGAGGCCAUCACCGUCGGGUCGCAGGCCGCCGGCGACUGGUCCAUCCACGAUGCUGGAUCGCCGGCCGAGAGCGUCAAGUCGGACGCUGAAGACGACGACAAGGCGGGCGAUGCCGAAUCGGCACCGUCGCAACCCAUCCAGAAGCGACGUCGAGUCACCCGCGCCUGCGACGAGUGCCGCCGCAAGAAGAUCAAAUGUGACGGCAAGCAGCCUUGCACGCACUGCUCCGUCUACAGUUAUGAAUGCACAUAUGAUAAGCCGUCAAACAGGAGGAGGAAUCCCGCGCCGCAGUAUAUCGAGGCCCUGGAAAGCCGCCUUCAGCGCGCCGAGUCGUUGCUGCGAAAAUUCGUCCCCGAUAUCGACCUGGCCGAUCCAAAUCUUGACCCUGCCAUCCAGCAAGAGUUUCACAACCGAGAACGAGCGCGUGCCGAGGUUGCCAAGCUGCGAACCCCCCAUCCCGCUGAGCCUGACCCCAAUGACACCCAGCUCACCUCCAUGAUCGACUCCAUCGGCCAGCUGGAUCUCGACGACAAGGGCGGCUGGGAUUUCUACGGCAUCUCGUCCGGCGCCGUUUUCCUGCGGCGCAUGAAGGAGAACUUCCGCGGCAUGCUGGGCCCUGUCGGCAAGGGGCCGUUUUUACCACGCCCGUCUGAUCGAACCGCCGGUCUCUUGAACUUCGACACGCCGCCCGUUGGCUCGCCCUUCUCUACCAUCUCCAGCUACCCCGAGCUGCCCCCCAAGGACGUCGCUCGGAAACUCUGCUACUAUUCUCUGAGUUGCGCCACAUGCCUUGUCCGCAUCGUUCACGUCCCUAGUUUUUACGAAAAGUUCGACUACAUCUAUGAACGACAGCAUGAGCCGAUGAGCCCGGAUGAUACCCAGUUCCUCGCCCUUUUUUAUGCCGUCUUAGCGUUGGGCUGCAUGUAUAGUAAUCUUGACGACUCCAGUUCCGGUGGCAUGACUUAUCGAUUUGCCAUUGAUGAAGGAGUGAAAUACUACAAGAUCGCAAGAUCUCUGUUGCGUGAUGUCACCGAGUGUCGAAGCCUUGUCUCCAUCCAGACACUUGUUUUCAUAAUCCUUUUCCUUCAGUCCACCGCCAACCUCAACACCUGCUACUCCUUUGUAGGAAUUGCCCUACGAUCAGCCUUGCGAAUGGGUCUUCACCGCCACUUGCAGCACGAGCGGAUAGGGAACAUUGAGCAGCAAGUGCGGCGGCGGGUUUUCUAUGUCAUACGGCAGAUGGACAUUUACGUAUCUACCAUGCUCGGAUUCCCCCUGCUUCUAAACAGCGACGACGUCGACCAGCAGUAUCCCAUUGAAGUUGACGAUGAGUUUAUAAGACCUGAAGGCAUUCUCCAACCGGCACCGGGAACGGCCUCGUUCUUCCAAGCAUUCAAUGCCCACUCCCGGUUGAUGGAUAUCUUGGGCAAAAUCACAAAGUACAUUUAUCCGACAAAGAGCGUUGGGCAGACGGUUCUGAGGGGGGACAAGCCGUCAUCUACAUAUCUCAUCAGCUAUAGCAAGAUCAAGGAGAUUGAGACGGAUCUACACAACUGGUUCGAGAGGCUUCCAGAGGCAUGGCGGCCGAGCCCUGACGGCCCCAUUGAAGUAGUUCGUGUACGACAUUUGUUGCGUUUUGCCUACGCGCAUGUGCAACUUGUCUUGUACCGACCGUUUCUGCAUUACGUUUCUCCUCGACUCAGCCAAGGCAACAGGGUUGAUGAGCUGUCGUAUGCCUGCGCGGCGGCGGCCAUCAGCGUGUCCCGUAACAUCGUCCACAUUGGACUCGAGAUCCGAAAGCAGCGCGUCCUUAGCGGGCCCUACUGGUUCAUGCUCUACACCGAGUUCUUCUCCGUGCUCUCGCUGGUGUUUUAUGCCAUUGAGAACCCCGAGAAGCCUGGAUCGGCAGAGGUACUGGCUGAUGCGCGCGCUGGGCGACAGAUGAUUGCCGAUCUGGCCGAGAAGAGCCUCUCUGCUGAGAGGGUCACCCACACUCUCAAGGUUUUAUUUGAUCAACUGCCAGAACGGUUCGAUCCACCUCAGCCUCGACCAUCUUCCACAACGAAGAAGAGGACGGCUCCGGGCGUCAAAGCACCAAGCAACUCUGGCAUCUCCGUGGGCAUGUCUCUUCACAGACCAGGUGACAUCAGGGGCGGUGGUAUGUCUUUAUAUGGCACCUCCCACUCUAGGGGCUCCAUGGACAGCAGUUUCGCGCAGUCGUUAGACCAUAGUGGAUACCCCGAGCCCUCGUUCACCAGCAGCCUGAACGAUGUGAUGCCGAUGGACUUGUCGUCGCGAGCAACGCCCGACUCUACGAGCACCGCCGAGAGUGUACACCGACACCCAUACCAGCAGCAUCCCCUUAGUGGACAUCUCGGCCACAACCACCCGGUUCAUAAACUCGACUCGUUAAUGUUUCCGUCGGACGAUCCGUUCGCUUACCCGAACCAGCCGAUGAUGGAACUGGGAUUCUCUGGCAAAACCGACGUGCCAGCCGUGUCGAUGCCUCAUCAACCUCAGGACUCGGGAUUCUUCUUCCCCGCCUCGCUGGAUGAUAUGGGAGAUCAGUUUAUGGGGCAACCUCCGCCGUACAUGAUGCCACAACAGCAACAGCAGCCGCCGCCACAACAGAACCCCAUGGCGAUGAACAUGUCGGCCAACAUGUACGACCCCAACGCCAUGAUGGGGAUUCACCAGCAACCGCCACCACAGCAGACACAGCCAGCGCCGCAGCGACGACCCGGCGGGCUAUCUCUUCGACGGGCGAUACGGGGCGAGAGGCACCAGGAGCGGCAGAUUGAGCAAAUGUUUACGGAUCACGGCAUGCAGCCGGACUGGGGGAGUUUCUUUGGUUCUGGCAGGGGCGGAUUUCAGGGAAUGUGA